UACAUGGUACAUAUAUUUCCUGACGUUCCGCGUUCAAAAAGCAUGGAAACAUGAACCUUCAGUUUUGAAAAUGACACCCACCACCACCAAACAUUUCAGGUAGGCAUCUUGAAUGUCUACCAUUUGUAACAUCUAACGGUUAAUUUUGAGAGUAGGUAUUUCAGAACUGUACAACUUAAGUGAAGAGAGUUGACUGAAAUUGCUUUCCUUUCCGAUCACAUCUCUCAACAAACAGUUUUCUGCAACCGAUUCCUUUCCUUUGCGAUAAAUAAUCACUUGCUUGCUGUUGAGAUCAUGGCAUUAUCUGUUGUAGGUGGUGCACUCCUUUCUGCUUUCAUUGAGGUUGUAUUUGACAAAUUAGCUUCCCCUGAGCUUGUAAACUUCAUCCGUUGGAAGAAGCCUGACAAGUUGCUUCAAAAGAUGAGGAGCCAGCUGCUAGUGGUUAAAGUUGUGCUUGAUGAUGCUGAGAAGAGGCAAAUCACAGACUCCAAUGUCAAAGAGUGGCUCGAUCUUCUCAAUGAUGUUGUGUACGAGGUUGAUGACUUACUUGAUGAAGUUUCUACGAAAGCUGCUACUCAAAAGGAGGUAACCAAUUCCUUUUCACAUCUUUUCAACAGAAAGAAAAUUUUUAGUAUUAGUAAGUUGGAAGACAUACUGGGAAGAUUAGAUGACAUUUUGAGACAAAAGCAGAAUCUUGAUUUGAAAGAUAUUCCUGUGGAGAACAACCAGCCAUGGAAACCUCAGCCAACAUCUCUGGAAGAUAGAUAUCAUAUAUACGGUAGGUAUGAAGACAAGGAAACCAUUAUGAAGUUGGUGUUAGAAGAUAGCAGUGAUGGUGAAGAAGUGUCUGUGAUCCCUAUAGUUGGCAUGGGUGGGGUUGGAAAAACCACUUUGGCCCGAUCUGUGUACAACGAUGGCAAAUUGAAGCAGAUAUUUGAUUUAAAGGCAUGGGUUUGUGUUUCUGAUAUAUUUGAUAUUGUGAAGGUCACAAAAACUAUGAUAGAGGAAAUUAUUCAAAAGCCUUGUAAAUUGAAUGAUCUAAACUCAAUUCAACUUGACUUGUGGGACAAACUGAGGGGUAAAAGAUUCUUGAUUGUAUUGGAUGAUGUUUGGAUGGAGGAUUGUGAUAGUUGGAGUAGUCUUACGAAGCCAUUUCUAAGUGGGAUUAGGGGAAGCAAAGUUCUCAUGACAACCCGCAAUGAAAAUGUAGCGGCUGCAGUCCCUUUUCAUAGUGUUAAAGUGUAUCAUCUAAACAAAUUGUCAAAUGAAGAUUGUUGGUUGGUGUUUGCAAACCAUGCAUUUUCUGUCUCAAGAGGCAGUGGGAACAGAGGAACUCUAGAAAAGAUUGGAAAAGAGAUUGUUAAAAAGUGUAAUGGAUUGCCUUUAGCAGCACAGUCACUUGGAGGAAUGUUGAGAAGAAAACACGCUAUUAGGGAUUGGAAUAAUGUACUUGAAAGUGACAUUUGGGAACUUCCUGAAAGUCAGUGUAAAAUUAUUCCAGCACUUAGAAUUAGUUAUAAUUAUCUUCCUCCACAUUUAAAACGGUGUUUUGUUUAUUGUUCAUUGUAUCCCAAAGAUUACAAAAUUCAAAAGGAUGAACUGAUCCUGUUGUGGAUGGCUGAAGAUCUUGUAAAAGCACAAAAAGGAAAGACUUUAGAACAAGUUGGCAAGGAGUAUUUUGACGAAUUGGUUUCAAGAUCGCUUUUCCAAAGUUCAAGUCAUCGGACUAUAGGUAAUUGUUUUCUGAUGCAUGACCUCAUGCACGAUCUAGCAACUUUCCUUGGCGGGGAAUUCUAUUUCAGAGCAGAUGAACUUAGUAAAGGAACCAAAAUUAACAGAAAGACUCGUCAUUUGUCUUUUACAAGAUUCAGUGACCCAGUCUCGGAUAUUGAAAUUUUUGAAACAGUUAAAUUUUCAAGAACUUUCUUGCCGAUCAAUUAUAAAGAUUCUCCAUUCAACAAUGAAAAGGCACCACGUAUUAUAGGGUCGAUGCUCAAGUACUUGAGAGUUUUAUCAUUUCGUGACUUCCAAAGUGUGCUUGCUCUGCCUGAUUCAAUAGGUGAAUUGAUCCAUUUGCGUUAUUUAAAUCUCUCUUAUACAGGUAUAGCAACACUGCCGGAGUCAUUGUGUAAUCUAUACAAUCUACAGACUUUGAAGUUGUAUUGUUGCUCUGAGCUGACUAAGUUGCCUGGUGCCAUGCAAAAUCUUGUAAACUUGCGUCAUCUUGAAAUUCUUAAUACUUCCAUAAAGGAGAUGCCUAAAGCAAUGAGGAAACUAAAUCAAAUGCAGAAUUUGGAUUUCUAUAUUGCCGGUAAGCAUAUAGAGAAUAGCAUCAAAGAACUGAGAGGACUUCCAAAUCUCCAUGGUUCCUUUUGUAUUCAGAAACUAGAGAAUGUUACUCAAGGUGAAGAAGCAUUAGAGGCCAGGUUAAUGGAUAAGAAGCACAUAAACGACUUAUCCUUGGAAUGGUCUAUACGUAACGACAAUAGCACCAACUUCCAAAUUGAAUUAGAUGUAUUUCAGAACUGUGGUGCACUCCUUUCUGCUUUCAUUGAGGUUGUAUUUGACAAAUUAGCUUCCCCUGAGCUUGUAAAUUUCAUCCGUUGGAAGAAGCCUGACAAGUUGCUUCAAAAGAUGAGGAGCCAGCUGCUAGUGGUUAAAGUUGUGCUUGAUGAUGCUGAGAAGAGGCAAAUCACAGACUCCAAUGUCAAAGAGUGGCUCGAUCUUCUCAAUGAUGUUUUGUACGAGGUUGAUGACUUACUUGAUGAAGUUUCUACGAAAGCUGCUACUCAAAAGGAGGUAACCAAUUCCUUUUCACAUCUUUUCAACAGAAAGAAAAUUUUUAGUAUUAGUAAGUUGGAAGACAUACUGGGAAGAUUAGAUGACAUUUUGAGACAAAAGCAGAAUCUUGAUUUGAAAGAUAUUCCUGUGGAGAACAACCAGCCAUGGAAACCUCAGCCAACAUCUCUGGAAGAUAGAUAUCAUAUAUACGGUAGGUAUGAAGACAAGGAAACCAUUAUGAAGUUGGUGUUAGAAGAUAGCAGUGAUGGUGAAGAAGU